UAUUGUCAUGAAAAAGUAAUGCAAGAUAGAGCUUUUUUUACGGUUUUGCAUAUAAUUUAAUAUAUCACAAUAUAUAAAAUUUUGUUUAUGAAAGUUUAUAUACAUCAUGCUAAUCUGCGAUCUCUUUCUUUUUCUUUGGAGCUAGAAACCAAUGGGAAGAGUCACGUGUUACAUGUAUCUGCGUUUUCCCGCGCUUGGCCGCAUAUAACCGUCGAUCGAUUCGGCUGAGUUGGCUAAAAUAUCUCAAAGAAGAUAUGUGUCAAAUUUAAAUGUAAUUCCGUGAUACGGCUUUCCAUCGCACUGCCUAGAUCGAUUUUUUAUUCGGUCGUAUCUUGCAUAGUUCGGGUAUUAUUGUAAUACGAUAUACACGGUAAGGAGAUGUCGAACGGCGUCGAAGGAUCAUUGCGAGGCACGACGCAAGACAUGGAACAUAAAACGGACGAAAAGCUGAAGACAGAAGAGCACGAGGAGUAUCAGUAUCUACGACUUAUCGAAAAGGUUAUUAAGACUGGAGCGAAGAGAGGCAAUCGUACUGGCGUCGAUACCUAUUCCAUCUUCGGCGCGCAAAUGCGUUUCAGCUUACGAGAUGGUGUUUUCCCAUUACUGACAACUAAGAGAGUAUUUUGGCGAGCGGUGGUUGAGGAACUGCUGUGGUUUAUCAAAGGAUCGACAAAUUCUAAGGAAUUAACAGACAAGGGUAUUCACAUUUGGGAUGAGAAUGGUUCGCGGGCUUUUCUGGACUCUUACGGCUUCACCAACCGAGAAGAGGGUGAUUUGGGGCCUGUCUAUGGUUUUCAAUGGCGACAUUUUGGCGCCGAAUACAAAGACAUGCACACAGAUUAUACAAGACAAGGAAUAGAUCAGUUAAAAGAAGUUAUCCACAAAGUGAAGCAUUCUCCAGAGGAUAGACGUAUUAUAAUGUCGGCUUGGAAUCCGGUUGAUAUUCCAAAAAUGGCGUUGCCACCGUGCCACACAUUCGUACAGUUUUACGUAAAUAACGGAGAAUUGUCCGCUCAGCUUUAUCAAAGAAGCGCGGAUAUGGGUUUGGGAGUGCCAUUUAAUAUAGCAUCGUAUUCUCUGCUGACUUACAUGAUCGCUCAUGUUACAGGAUUAAAGCCAGGAGAAUUUGUACAUACAAUGGGAGACUGCCAUGUCUACGUCAAUCAUAUAAGCGCCCUUGAGGAACAGGUGAAACGCGAACCGCGCGAGUUUCCAAAAUUAAAGAUAGUCAGAGAGAUCAAAGAUAUCGACGAUUUCAUUGCCGAAGAUUUCGAAUUGAUAGAUUACAAGCCAUACGCCAAACUCUACAUGAAAAUGGCCGUCUGAGCUCUAUUAUCUCACUCGAAUAAGCUUAAUCCUCUGAAAGAUCUAUGUAAAAUUUACAAUUUUGCUCUCGUAACAUUCGUGGAAUUAACGAGGCAAUAUCGAGUUUAAUGUACUUAACUAAUAAACCAAUGUGCUAAGAACUAGUCUUUCUACGAACUAGUAUUUACGAUCAGUAUUUCAGAUACACCAAUUAAAUGAUAGUACUUUCAAUUAUAAUAUUUUUCGAUUUCAGAGAGACGUAAAAAAA